GGCACUUGGAUGUUGUGAUGCCCUCAAGUGAGAGCUGUGCUCCCCUGCCCCACAGGUACUGCUUUUAGACUUGGGCAGAGCACCUCAGCAGGUUGAGGGUAACCUGAUGGAUAAGAAACCUUUGAACAGCUUUUCUGCUCCCCUCUAUUUUUCUUUUCUACUGCACUAAUUACUUCUAAUGUAAAUGAUUUGUGUCAUAUUCUAUUUGGAUCAAAAUUGAAAUGCAUUUUUUAAUGGAUUUGUCCACAUCUGAAGUCUUGCAUUAAAACUGAAGAUGCUUAUUCAAAACAUAUCUGAUUAAUAGAAUCACAAGGUUAGAAAGGGCCUACAAGAUCAUCUAGUCCAACUGUCCUCCUGUCACCAUUACUACCCACUAAGCUACUAAACCAUAUCUCGUAUAUAGUUAUAACCAUACAUAUAUAUGGUUAUAAUCAUAUAAUACUGUUAAAACACAUUUAGUAUUUAAAGUUGAUUUAACUGAAAUAAAUCCUAUUCGAUAUGAGUCUCUUUCUGGUGGCCCUUUAUCAUGACUGCUGGCAUUAUGUGAUUUUUGAUGUUAGCCAAUUCUAGAAAAGGAGGACUUUUUCCUUCAGAUUCUUGAUUCCAGUUGAGGUUAGUUGUUAGGUGAGAUAAAUACUCAGCCAGCACAGAGAGGUGCUAUGCUUGUCAGGCUCUCAUUUAGCACACUAAAUUUAGAGCUGAAGUGUGCAUCUGGUGACUUUGAUCAGUUCGGGUGAUUUGACUGAAAGAUUUUGACAGUGCAAUAUAAUGUCUGAGUACUAAACAUUCAACUGUGGUUUUAAGCAGUUAUUCUAGAAAGCUUCUGUUGCCCCCCCCCCAAAAAAAAAGAAAACUGAAAAGAAAAAAAGAAGCAAAAUAAUCUUAAACAAAUGUAUUUAUCUUGCAUAUUAAAGUGUAAAUUGGAGUCCCUUCCUUUAUGUAUGCAUUUGGGUAGUAGAAAGGAAAGCAAGGAAGAGCUGAUGAAGUCUUGUAGCACCCUCAGCAUUAGGUACAUUGAACAGGAAUGAGUUUGCAGACAGAUCUGUGUGGUAUAGACUGACUGUGUGUCCAACCCACUGGGUUGAUGUUGUUGUUGCCCUCUUUUUUUUAAUGUGGUUUAAUAAAAAAAUAAAAUAAGUGUUGUUACUCAUACAUUAAAUAUGUUAGAUAUUUUACCUGCAGCCCAAGACAAUGCCUCUUUACUCAGGGCAGCUCAGGCAGUAGGUUGAACACCCAUGUGCUGUCAAGAAGCUACGUUGUCAGUACUGUAUUACUUCCACUGCAGAGAUGGAAGGGGGAGUUGGGUGCCCCUAACAGUGUUGGGUGAGAAGAUUGAGGUGCACAUGUAAGUGCUACUUCAUUAUAUAGGGGAUUAAAUGCAUUUAAGUACCUCUCGUGGCUGACGCUUAGAGGACAAGAACCUUCUUUGCAGUUACUCUUUUUAGAUCCUUUUAGUAGCUUGGAUACAAAGUGCCUAAAUGAAGGAGAAAAAAAACAAACCCCCAAAAAACCAACAAUCUAAAGCAUGUGGAAUGAGGUGGUCAGGAAGUAAAGCUACUGUUCCGGGCCCUACAAACACAAUCUCAAUCUCCAAGGUAUGCUACAGAGAAGGGGAAACUCUUUCAUCUAAGAAGCAGCCCAAAAGAGGGAGCUGAAUUAUUUUUAGUACGGUACAAGUCCAGGUAAAAGCACUCUAAAUGACUAUAGAACUGUGUCAGCUCUUCAGUGCUGCUCCCCAGAUGUUGAUAAGCACCUACUUGGGUAGGUCAGGUAGCUGGGGACAGGAAAUCAUUUGGAACUUCUUUUUCCUGUCAUCUAUUAUGUUUUGUUACAAAUGCUGAUAGGCAUCAAAAGUAAAAUGUACUUUAAAAAAAGAUGAAAGGAAGAAAGGAAAAAUGACUUCUGCCAGUGGUGGUAAUUCGGAAGCUUGAGCAAUUUGCUGCUCAGUCUCUGCAGUAACAUCGAAGUCCUGGUUUACAGACUUUCCUACUGACUUUGUCAAAAGGAUGGGCAAAGUGCUGAGGUCCUCAGCAAACAGUUCAGCUGCUUGGGGGUUGCGCUGGCAUUGCUAGCAUUUGCUUUUUCAUCGAGUCUGAUAACAUUUUGCAUUGCGCUCAGCUCCUGGAGCUGGGAAUUUAAGAACACUGAGCUAUUUCCACUAAUCUUUCAGCCACAAAUGCUGAAGAAAACUCUAAAAUGGUAGCGUGUGUCCCAUGCUCUAAAACAAAGAUCUGGACGAAUGAUGUCUGCUUCUUGGUGGGGGCUGGAAACUCAGACAAUGUACUUGGCUGGGUUGUUGUUGACCCAACUCGCUUUGAGAUACUCUGGGAGUGUUGAUGAGAGCAGGAGUUUCAGUGGGGCGGGCUGAUAACCUCCAGCACUGCGGGCUGUCGGGUGGCUGCGUGCUUGGCAAAUACAUCUUGUCUGUAGCUGUGGGCUUUUUGUCCACAGGGGAGUCCUCCUAUUUAUAGCCUAAUGAAUGUCAUGCCUUCAUAGAAAAAUUCUUGCUGUCUCUUAUAAUUAAAAAAAAAAAAAACCCUAACAAAACCAACUGUAAAAGUGUGUCACUUUUGUAAUGAUUUUUUUCUGAUGGGAGUGUUGUACUUCCUUCCUUCCUUUUCUUUUUUUCUUCCAUCCUCUUCUUUUGAAGACUUCAUCUAGGACUGCUUGCCUUCCAACACCCAGUUAGGUAGUUUCUAACUUUUGGCAACUGAACUCUAUACGUUAACGUUACCUAAAUAUAUCUGUUCUUUUUUCCUUGCAUUUUGAGAUACGAUCUCUAAAAACACAUCUGGAUUUUAAGGCAUCAUAACAGCGUGAAGUGGAAUGAGUUGCAAGCUCAAUUUACAACUUCCUGUUAGCAUAAUGCCAGCUUUAUCUAGAUGGGUUUUUAUCUUGUCUAAAAGCUUUCUGCUAGAUACAAUCAAUAUGUUAAAAAUAUUCUUUCUAGAAAGACAGACGUUACUUUGAGAACCCAGUGAUUGUGAAGAUAGUUCAGCAGCAGCGGUACACGCUGCUUUAGCAGAGCAUCUUCCUGAAGUGCUCAGUGUGGUUUGUUUGAAAAGAGGCAGUACUGCACGAGGAACAUCAAAAGCAAUUCCCAGCAGGAUAAAUAUCUGAAACUGCAUCUCAUCACAAGUGCUGCCUGAAGUGGCUACGCGAUCUCUGCACUCUUAAUCCCUUACAUGCAUUAGUAAGGAGGAAAACUGGUGCUUGAACAGUUUUCAUUUUCCAAUAUGGUAUUUGUAGUCAUUCAUUGAUGCUCUAAAGCUUUUGGUAGAUUUUAAGGCCUAUGACAAUAAGUGUCUCUUAAAAAAAAUGUUUAUAUAUAUAUUUAUAUUCAUGUAUAUGAAAACCACUAAAGUAGCCUGAACUGGGAGACAACUUACUUUUUGUGGCUUAUAAUUGCAAGUAAUUGCCCAGAAAUGUAUUGUGAACCAUAAGUGAAAUUAAAAUCAGAUGAGAGGGCAAUAGCUUUAUCUGAUAUUUGGAUAAUCAGUAUAAAAAACAAAUGCUUAUAUUCCCUUGUUUUCUUAUGAAGGAGUACAGCUGUAUGCUGAGUGUUACAGCUGCAUAAUUGUGUGAGCUGCAUAAUGCCUCGCUGUGGCUUUGGUACCAAGGGAGCGUGUGUGUAGGGCUGAAUGGUGAGGAGGAGGGAAGGGUGCAGAAGACUAUGUAUAGAUCAAAUGCAGAUUUCUCUUUUCCAGGCUGAUGGAUACAUCUGAAAGGAAGCAAUGUGUGUGUGUAGCUGGUACUGCUGGGUUUUCUGCUCCUGCAGUGUGUGAGAACACUCUACUCUUGAGAUCUGUCAGCCAGAAAUUAUUUCAGUCAAGCGUACAGUCAUCUGCGUGGAUCAAGGCUCUUCCCUGCAGACACUAUUAGUUUCUCUAAAUGUCUAUCUUCACCAACUUUAAGCCUAACGUUUUCUGUGUACUUAGAGCCUGUUGUGUGUACUGUGCAGUCUGCACAUGCUUAGAAAACAGGAGGCUGCUGGAGUUGUGCUUUGUGCCUGUAGCAACCAGAGCAGACCUUAAGUGCAUAUCAUCACUUGGCUGUACAAAAUGAAAGGGACUGUGCCACUUCAGCCAGCAUCAGUGCACUAGCCUUAAACAAAUCUCACAUCAAGCCUGGAGAGAUGGGUCUUUCAGUGCAAGUCACUUCAAAGUGACUUUGGAUUGUCCUCUCUUUGCUGUGGAAAGUAUACUGGGCAAGUUGGUAGAAUAGCUUCUGGAGAUAGGUGAGUGUUUGAAGAGGCAGCUAAAGCAAUAUUUUGGCUCACCGGUCUGUGUGUGCCCACCUGUCUUUUCAGGGAGAAUAUUGCACUGGAACCAUCCCUGUCGCGUUACUUUGGCUUACAAGUUUUCACCUCACCAAGGUCUUUCUUGCCACCGCUUACACAUUUUGAAUUGCAAAACCAGUGGCAGUUCAUUCAGCAGUGGAAAGUCCUGUGGUCACUGAACAACGUUUUCAAUGGCAAUCAUGUUGUCUUUUGUGACAACAAUAAUAUCCUGAAUUUCACAUGAAGUUCUGGUUACGAGGAGUGUGAUUUAAAAAUAAAAAAGAAAGAAAGAAAAAAAAAGAGAGAAAUCUUUGCUUAUAUACUGGAACGUUUUGACCUGGAAAUGAGCAAAAUUAACAUAAGAUGCAAGAAUGUUACUUGUGGAAAAAUCCUUCUUUUGGACUGUGAAAUAUUCAUGACAUUUAAAAAUUCCUUCUCCCUGUGUUUUCUCAGUCUUUUGCUUAACACUGAAUUUCUUGUUUUUCCAGAAUCUAGUGUAUGUUGGCAAAGACGAGCAAGGGGUUUUGGUUUUCUUCACCAGUGGAGUGUGAAAUAGAAACUGAAGCAAGAUGAGUGAGCUGGAACAGUUACGGCAGGAGGCGGAGCAGCUGCGAAACCAGAUCAGAGAUGCAAGGAAAGCAUGUAGUGACACAACUCUUGCUCAGAUCACAACAAGCCUGGACUCAGUGGGUCGAAUUCAAAUGCGAACGAGGCGUACGCUUAGAGGUCACUUAGCCAAAAUUUAUGCUAUGCACUGGGGAUCUGACUCAAGGCUACUAGUCAGUGCUUCACAAGAUGGAAAGUUAAUUAUCUGGGAUAGUUAUACAACAAAUAAGAUGCAUGCCAUUCCUCUGAGAUCCUCCUGGGUGAUGACUUGUGCGUACGCACCGUCUGGCAACUACGUGGCCUGUGGUGGAUUGGACAACAUCUGUUCCAUAUACAAUUUAAAAACCAGAGAGGGCAACGUGAGAGUGAGCCGAGAGCUGCCGGGGCACACAGGGUAUUUGUCCUGUUGUCGCUUUUUAGAUGACAACCAAAUUGUCACUAGCUCAGGAGACACCACUUGCGCUCUGUGGGAUAUUGAAACUGGUCAGCAGACCACCACGUUCACUGGGCAUACUGGCGACGUAAUGAGUCUCUCUCUAAGUCCAGAUAUGAGGACUUUUGUUUCGGGUGCCUGUGAUGCCUCCUCGAAGCUGUGGGAUAUUCGGGAUGGGAUGUGCAGGCAGUCGUUCACAGGGCACGUGUCAGAUAUUAACGCCGUUUGUUUUUUCCCCAAUGGACAUGCAUUUGCCACUGGAUCUGAUGAUGCCACUUGCCGACUCUUCGACCUGCGUGCGGAUCAGGAAUUAAUGAUGUAUUCACAUGACAAUAUCAUCUGUGGAAUCACUUCUGUAGCCUUCUCAAAAAGUGGUCGCCUUUUGCUAGCAGGUUACGAUGAUUUCAACUGCAAUGUGUGGGAUACUCUGAAAGGGGAGAGAGCAGGUGUCCUUGCUGGCCAUGACAACCGUGUCAGCUGUUUAGGUGUUACUGAUGAUGGCAUGGCUGUAGCUACAGGGUCUUGGGACAGUUUUCUCAGAAUCUGGAAUUAACUGGGAGCCAAACAUGUACAUUCUCCACUUGAGACCUGGAGAGAUCAAUGCUGCAGCCUAUAGCUGUGAAAUAACAUUUCUACCUUGUAUUUGCAGGUGAAGUUUUUCUAUUCACUGAUUAUUACACAAAAAGGCUUUCUGUAAACUAGAAAAAAAUCAAGUGAAGAAACAGGGGAGGGGGGAAGAAAUCACUGACUUUUUAAAAGGGGCCAGCACACAUAAUCAUGGUGACCGACAAACUAAGAGCCAGUCUUUUUGUUUUUGAUGGUUCGGUUAGAUCGUCUUUGAAGGGUUUUUGCUUGUGCUCAGUCUGCUAAUCCUGUACUUUUUUUUGUACAUAACAGAAUAUACACAUUAUAGCAGCCAAUCAUGUAACAUUUGUCUGUAUGUAAAGAAAUAUGUUUGCAUUUUUUAAGGAACUACAUUUAUAGCUUUGCUUUAACCUGAGGUGUCACUUCUGAGUUUUGUAGUGGAUGAACUAUAAUUGCUGUUUUAAAUGUGUUUGUGAAUUUACUGUAGAUAAAGUGAAGCCAAUGGUAUGUAUGUGUUUUUAUAAUGGAAGGCAUUUGAAUUUUUUUUGUUUUUUAGAGGCCCUGGACUCCCAGUUAAUACCUACUGCCUUACUCACUCACUUCUUGACCUGCUUGCCUAUUCUUAAUCAUGGGGGUUCUUCCUUAAGCCAGUGGUUCCUGGUUCAUCCAUUGGCAGUGACAGCCUCCAAACACCAAGGAGUUAAUGCCAGGCAGACUUGCAACAACAGAGGAAAAGAAAACAAGUCCAGUUCCAGAAGUAUUAGCCUCCUUACUGCGGCUUUCCGCAUCUGCUAUUCCACCCAGCCCUUGGGUACGGAAACAAGUGACCUGCACUGCUGUUGUUAAGUGGCCGAGUGCUUUUCUUUUUGGCAUUUCAGCUCUUAAUGAGGUUGUUUGGCCUGUCACAAGCUCUAACAAAGUGAUCUGGCAUGGUACUUGGUGUGCAGAAAGCAGUGUGUUUGCAGAGCUUGCUCAGUCACCCCAACGAACAGAAACUCAAGAGAACUUUGCUUAGAAUCUUAAAGAUUUAAAUGUGCAGUUAAUCACCUAUAAUUCCCCUCCAAACUGGGGGUUUGCCAAAGCAUACCACAACCAAAAGUGCUUGUUGUCAGUUACGUGCAGUGUGAAUUAUGAAAGGAAUUGUGUAACUUACAGUGAACCAAAUAACCUUACUUACUUGUGUGGCCCUUUAAAACUUUGUGCUAUGAAGUUAGUGACUUGCUUGUUCUCCUGUGGUCACAGGUCUGUGCCGUAGCGGCUCAUUAGAUGCUAAUUGUUCUGCAGCUCUCACACUGUAAAUAGCCAUCUCCUCUUCCUGAUUUAUUCAGAUUUUGGUGUCAGCUGCUUACAAAUGACAAGUUCUGAUCAAGUAUGGUUGAGUGUAGAUAGAAAAAAAAUCAAGUGUGUGAUGCCCAUUUGAAACUACCCGGGAAGACUGCUUAACUUCUUGGUGCCUGGCUGCGUGCUGUGCCUGCAAUGGAUGUUCCCUCGGGAAUCUCAAAGCCUGUGGCAUUUGUAGAAAGGGGAAAUCAAGUCUAUUGGCUUUUCUGAAGUGGCUUGUCUUAAACACAUUGUGAAUUUUAUAUUACCAGGUUGGAAGAUAAUGUUCAUCUGCCCUCAGCUGAAGUUAUGGGGAGUCUGGGUAUCGGUGGGUCAGGUACCAAAUCUAAGUGCCCAAUAUUUUGUAGUAUGCCAAAACAGAGAUGACUCUUUGUCAAGUUUAUGACAUUUGUAAUCCUAAAUUUCAGAACUGUGCCUGUAAACUUGCCAUGUCUGAAUGGCGAAGGUGCCAAUAAAUGUACCAAUCACAGUAAAUUCACUUAAAUAAAAAUAAAGCAGCACAUCUCGUGCUGCAGAAGCGUACAUUUACUAACAGCAGAUUGUGGUGUAGGACCAAAAUCACACGAUAUUGUAUGUCACAGGAAUUCCUCAGCAUUUUGCUUUUCGAUCUGUCUGCAUUAACAGAACUAUUACGGAAUACUUGUUACUCUGUUAAGUGAGCAAGUUGAGAUCUCUUGGAUUUGGUUCAAUUUUUAGUGGUGCACUUAAUGUUUUUUUUUUUUUAACUCACAGCUGCCUUGAGUGAAUUGUUCUGGAAAUUUGUUACUAUAGAAUUUUAAGAAAAUAUUCUUUUUCUAAAAAGUUUUUUUCCAUAGAAGUGUGUUUUGAACCAAUUUCCUAGCCAACACUGUUGCAGAGACAGGUGCCGUUUUUGCAUUCUGUUGUUGAAGCUGGUUUCUACUUGUGAAACUCCAAAACCAAUUUUACAAAUGUAUAUAACUUUUCUUAAAAGUUUGGGUAGACUGUCAGCGUGGUAAUGGCUCUCUACAGGUAUUACUGCAAAUAGCUUCGCUAUCAUCGGUUGACGAGCAAUUGUCUGUUGGAUUCAGCUGCUAGUAAGGAAUGCCAACUACUUGCCUGUGAGGUUUCCAAAAGCAUCAUUAAAAUAUCUGCCUGUUUUUGCUGUUUGGUUAACUGGUUCUUCUAGUGCUGCAGGUCCCGUGGUGGCUCCUUUUGUGUUGGUGCACAAGGAAAUGGGGAAGGAGCCUCAGCACAACUGUGGAAACAGUAUCUGAUGCUUCUUGGGAACUUGUAGAAAGCUUGUGAUAGAUCCUGCCAAGGUGACGUUUGCUGUUUAAUUACUGUCCUGUAUUACCUAAGACUGAAAGAAAAAAAAUGUCUACAGACCUGAUGUAAAGCAAUUGUUGCUGUUGUUUGAGGCCCAAUGAUGAACUUGCACAAGUUUGCUUUUUUUUUUUUCAUGGCUCUCAUUGGUGAGCUCACUCAUUAGAAUGGAUGUGGUUUAAUGGUUAAAUGCUCAAACUCCCUCUAAUAUGAGGAAGUUAAGAAAAUGAGCCUUUGUAGGUUUUACUUAAAAGAUGUAAUUCCCAGCUUUGCAUCUCAAAGACAAUGGUGUGUGCCUGUGCUGUGGUGUAGGCACAGGUAUGCAGCUUGUGCAAUUUCUGACUGCUCCAUGGCAGCAAACUCAGUGUACAGCAGAUUUUGCAGCCCCAGUGGGUACAUCUUAAACUGUAAAAGUUUGUUUCCAAACUGCACUGUUGUCUGAAUUUCAAAUACCUUGUGUAAUUACAGAAAUGUAGUAAUUAAGACCGUUGUGCCAAAACCAUUGGUGGCAAAGUAACUCAUUCCCAGCCUCUCUUCUAAAAUGCUAUUGGUUACAGCUUGGAAGGUGGAACUCCGUGCUUUGCGUGGCAAGAUUUAUUUCAUUCAGGUACAGUGGUGGUGGUGGUGUUUUUUUUUGUCAGCGUUUUCCAGUGUUGAUUUAAUGUUGCAAUACAGGAUACUACUCAGGCCAGGCAAGUACCUAACCCGGGCUUGUUCUCGUGUAGGUUCUGACAUCUAUUUAUUGGUGGGGAUGUUGAUUGAGAUUCUGGAAACCACAAAAGCUUCUAAAUGUAUACUCGCUGAGUACUGCAGUGUUGGCCUGUUUUCAUCUGUCUCCAGACCUUUUUCUCCCACCCAUCAGCACCAUCUGCCUUGCAAAACUGCAGCUGCUUGGCAGUAUCUGGCAGAACUGAUAGGUUUAAGCAUGGACACUGAUCUGCGUAUUGAAGCGGAACAGGGAUUCACGGGCUGUCCCCCAGCCUAUGAGAGGGCCUGACCUGGACUUUCCAAAGCUGGAUGGAUGUAACAGCUGGUCCUGGCGUGCUUACUGUUGUGCAUGGGUUGGAAAUAGUGAACUCUUCAGUUCGUGUCCCACUAUGAAGUUGGCGUUACUUUAAGGUAGAAUGAAGCCAUUGUGAAAACAUUCCAAGCGUGCUUAGUCCUUCCUCUUUGAGGACACUGUCACCUCCACUAGGUUUAGUGCUGUGCUUUAAGAUGUUGGUGAGAAUAAGUAUUGGCUAAUUCAAAUAGUUGGUAUAAAUGGUUGUGUAGCAGAAUGACUGAUUUUUUGAGAUAGCAUUUCCUGUAAAAGUAAUUAAGCAUGGGUUGAUGGUGCACUUUGUAUACAGUAAUCUGGCAUGCAUGCUGGUAAACUACUUCCUACACUUCAGAGGCACCACAAGCCUUUUUAUCCAAUUGCUGGUUAUGUAAAAUACAUGCAGAAUGUUAAUGCAGUGUUGUUAUGGUAAAUGUGUGAACAGUGUUACUAAUUGAUAUAACUGAUAACAGAUUACAUGUGCCUGACAUUCUUAUACCACACAGUAUGUUUAGGUUUUAACUAAUAUGGACUUCGGUGGAAUAGUCUUAGAUAUUUCAAGCCUUUGUUUUACUUACACAAUGGUGCUCUAUUUGUGUUUUUUCUCCUUUUUCUUUUUUUUAAAGAAGGAAGAAAUAAAAGCAUCUGAACACUUGUAGUACAUAUUACAUCCAAAGGAGUCCAAAACAAAAAUGCUUCUAACCAUCUCGGUUUUAAUUUGCCUUCAGUUCCUGGCCUUUCUCAUCAGCUCGGUUCCUUCUGUCAAUUGUUGCUGACUACUUUGGAUAACUGCGGUCAUGUUACCAAUUACGAAGUGAUUCUGCACUGCCUUUGGAUCGUGUAUGUAUACAGAAACAGUCUUAAAGCUUUUAUUUAAGCUAUUGAAAAAACCAGGGACUUGUGCCAUUUGUUCUUUAACAGUGCUGUUGUAAAAAGACUUCCCUGUGAAAAAAACUCACUUGCUAUGAACUCUGUUUAUAGCUUCUUUUUUUCCCCCACAAUGGAUCUUUUCUUUGUAUUUGUACAGUGGCUCAGUGAAAGAUGUUGCCAUGAGUUGAUAUUGUAACCAAUAAACAAGUGCUUUUAACCAGA